UCAACCCAAGUAGCCCCUUGUUGGUGGGAGGAGAAGCUACAGGGGGAAUCUUGCUCACACCAGACAGCCCUGCUAAAGAGGGACACCUCGGGUCAGAUGAGUUUUCAGGAUGAAAUAGCUGAGAUCUGGAGAAGAGGACAGGAGUCCCGAGGUCUGUCAAGGACUCCAGUGACUGUCCUGCAGUCAUGUCAUCAGGCAUUCUACUAGUGACAAAGUUAGGUAGAGCUACCAUUGCUUUGUGCUAUAUUCAUACAGGGGCUAUUAAAGCAUUGACCUAAAAUAUUAGGGUGAAAUACACCCCAGGUCUCAUACACUGAGCUCCACUUACAUUAGAUUCCAUUCUGAGGGAGCUGGGCUGUCUUUUGGGGCAGAUGAAAGGUGCUGCAAAAAUAAGCAUCAGAAAGGAAUGCUAGACAAAAGGUGAAAAUAGCAGACUUCUUGUACAAAGUAGUGGCAGUUCUCCAGAACACCUCUGGCCUGACUUUGACUGAAGGAGACAGAACCCAUGGUGGAAUAACUUAAGGGACUGCAUCUCCACCAGAAAGAAGUUAACACAACAGGAAGAGGGUGAAAUCCUGGCCCCAGAAAAAUUGGAUUUGGCAAGAUUUCCAUUGACUUCCCUGGGACCAGAAUUUCACCCCAGAAAGGGGUCUCAAAAGUACAUGAACAUUCUCAGCAACAGAUGCUGCUUAAAUGCAUCUGGUGCCUUGCUGAUCUAUCAAGCACUGAUUAAAUAGUGCCUUUUAAAUGUAAGCUAUGGGUAAACUUAACCACAAAAAACCAAACAGACCCUUCCUCCAACAUUUAAGGCAAAUGUUUCUGCUUAUAUCUAAGGUAAACAAAGGAAACCACAAUAUUAAAAACAACUAAAUUAUUGAUAUUAUAUUAACUGAUAGAUUGAAGCCUAGACAUUCUUUUUAAUGUUUUUAAAUAAGAUUGAGAAACACCCUCAAACUCUGUUGCAUUAAGAACAUAGUUCUACAUCUGAUGAAAGCCGCAUCCUUCCAACGUUAUUUUUCAGCCAGUUAGGAGCCCCUCUGGAUUUCAAAGCGCACUUUGCUCCGGCAGAGCUUUAAAAAAACCACAAGACACUGAUCCUGCCAUGAACUCCACUUGAGCAGACCCCCACCUUUGAAGUCUGUAGGGCUCAGCAGUCCUGCCACUUGGAGCACAUUGCAGGAUCAGAGCCUUACACCACAUUUCAAUUAACCUUCAUGCAAGGGGGGGCGGUGAUUUGAUUGUGUCACCCUCUGGGUUUGUCAGAUAUCAGACGCUGCUGUAAAAUGCACCUGCUUCCCCAGGCUUGUGGUAUCUAGGUUAAUAGACAGUGCCCAUCACCAUGGGCUCUGAGAGCAUUUCAGAGGACCUGAAAGGGGGAUUCCGAGUUGGGGAGGGUGGAUGAGGAGGGAGUAUUGUUAUUGUUAUUUCUAGUCCCCUAGCACCCAAGGGCCAAUCUGGGAGCUCCGCAGGGGCAGGUUUGCUCAGGCCUAGGGGGCGGGGGGCUGGACGGCCGAGCCUGCUCCCCUCCCGCCCAGCGGAAAGAAGGACGCCAGAGGGGAACGGAGCAAGCAGCUUUUCCAACUCCGGCCCGCCUGCUCCCAACCGGCUCAGCCCUUCCCAGCCACGACUUUCCCUCGGUCCCUUAACGGCCUUCCAGCCUGGCUCAGCACUUUGUUCACACUCCCUUGCGCUGCUGUGCGCCCCCCGGCUGCUGUGUGCGCGGUGCAAGGGGCUGGCGGCCCCAGUUCCACUCCGGCCGAGGCGAAGGAAACCUCCAUGCUAGAGCCAUAUCGCAUCCAAUCCAGCAACAACUAACACCUCAAAGCCUGGAGCUGCUCUUUCUGCUGCCUGACUUUGCCUCAGAUUGACAGAGGAGGCUUUUUAAAACCAGCUCCCCUGCCCCCCAUCCCAGCCACUUACCAAGUGAUUUGCUGUGAUGGAUUUCAGAUGGACAUGUGUAAGGCAUAUUCAGCAGAACCUGGUCUAGCCUAAGAAUUUGCCUAGAAAGUCCAGAAGCACAAGAUGACAGACGAGCCCAUUAAAGAGAUUCUGGGAGCUCCAAAGCAUCCUGAACCUGUAACGAUGGAGAAGAGCAAUAACAAUGACUGCGUGGUAACCACUGUCCCUUUAGUCAGUGAGUGCCAGCUGACUGCAGCAACCGGAGGAGCGGAGCUGUCCUGUUACCGUUGCACUAUCCCCUUUGGCGUGGUCAUUCUUAUAGCUGGAGUGGUGGUCACCGCUGUGGCGUACAGCUUCAAUUCCCACGGCUCAAUCAUCUCAGUGUUCGGACUGGUCCUCUUGUCAUCUGGACUCCUCUUGCUGGCUUCUAGCGCCUUGUGCUGGAAAAUCAGGCAACAGCACAAGAAAGCCAAAAGGCGGGAGAGUCAGACAGCACUUGUGGCGAAUCAGAGAAGCUUGUUUGGUUAGAGACUACCAGGAAAACCAUGAACAGAAGAGAGCUCCCUUGUAAGUCAAUUUGACUAUUUAUUGAUAAGUCAGACUGCAGGAAGUUUUUGACUGGAUUGGAAUGAAAAUAGGUUGGAUUGAGAGACUCUAGGAGCAUCUUUGGAAUUGUUAGUAUCUGUCUUUUCACAAACUUACAGACAGUGAGAUUUCUUCCAAGACAGAGGGGGGAAGAAAGGUGGAUAUUUUUUUUUUCUUCACAGAAAAAAAAUGUGUCAUGACUUAUUCUUUUGACUGCAGUUAACACUCAGAUACUAUUGGAAAGGGAGCCCGGUGAACAAUCAAGAAAAUAACUUAACCUGAUCUGAUGUGCCAGAAACCUGCUUAAAAAUAAUACGCACUGUGAGAUCUGACCAAGGGAGGAGUCGUAGCAUUUGAACAGAUGACAAAAA